AUGUUAUUUUGUUCCAUAAAGAGUGGCUGUGGACGUACACUUUCAAAAUCAACAAUUACAAAUAGUGGUUCAUUACAAGCUCUUCGUCAAGAGAUCAGGCUUGAGAAGGACGAAGAAAUUGACAAUAUUGACACAGUGAAUGAUAUUUCUGACACAAUAUCAAUUGCACAAAUUACUCGUUCCGCUGUAUUCUUUAUUGAAGUCAGAAGAAAAUUGUGGAUCAAGUUAUUUGUGCGACUGAUUCUAGUGGCCAGUUGA